UUUGCAAUUGAUUGUGUGGAUUUUUGCGAAGCUUAAAAGAUUUUAUGGGUUUUGUAUCUUUCAGUAUCAACAUGAAAUAGUUUUCUUCGUAAUUGAUUGUUGAAAUUUGUUAUUCUUUUAUGUUUUGCGAUCGUAUGGAUCAGAUACUGAAUUUCGUAGUUGAGGCCAGAGUUUUUUGUUCGGCUUGAUUGAUUUUUCAGUCACCUUUCUUGAUCUUUACUUCCAAUCCUUAUUUAUCUGAUUCUUGUUUAGUUUUCCCGCAAAAUUUCUUGUUGAGCUUCUUAAUUUCUUUCCUCUUUACCUUUUAUUUUCUGAAAUAGCUUCCUAGUUUGUUACGAUUUAGUCGUACUGACUUUAUUGUUGGACAUUUUCUUUCUUGCAAUUGGGUUUAAAGUUUCUGGCUGUAAUGGCCUUAUCUCUUAGCACUCAGAUUCUUUGAUAUUCCUUUUUAAGUCUGAAAAUAUUAUUAUCGAAUUAGAAUUACUUUUCUCUGUUACGUACAGAAGUCACCUAGUAUGUCGUUCUGUUCGGUAUGCCUUUUGGUAAAAAUCUUGAUCUUUGAAGAUGCCAGCUGAGAGUCCCAAUGCUUUUGAUCGGGAUGGUGAACCAUUUGUUGAGGUUGAUCCAACUGGGCGGUAUGGGCGGUAUAAUGAACUGCUUGGUUCUGGUGCUGUGAAGAAGGUCUAUAGGGCCUUUGACCAAGAAGAAGGUAUAGAGGUUGCUUGGAAUCAGGUUCGCUUAAGGCAUUUCAGUGAUGAUCCUGUGCUCAUCAAUCGACUUCACUCAGAGGUUCAGCUGUUAUGUGAAUUGAAAAACAAAUAUAUCAUCGAUUGUUACAGUGUUUGGAAGGAUGAUGAGCGAAACACCUUAAAUUUCAUUACUGAGGUGUGUACAUCAGGAAACUUGAGGCAAUACAGGGAUAAGCAUCGCCAUGUGUCCAUGAAAGCUUUGAAAAAGUGGUCGAAGCAGGUACUAGAGGGAUUGGAGUACCUCCAUACCCAUGACCCAUGCAUUCUUCACAGAGAUCUCAAUUGCAGUAAUAUCUUUAUCAAUGGAAACAUUGGCGAGGUGAAAAUUGGUGAUCUGGGGUUUGCUACAAUAGUGGGAAGAAGCCAUGCAGCACAUUCCAUUAUAGGGACACCGGAGUACAUGGCACCAGAGCUCUACGACGAGGAUUACACAGAAAUGGUUGACAUAUACUCCUUCGGGUUGUGCGUUCUUGAGAUGGUGACGAUGGAGAUACCAUACAGUGAAUGUGACAGUGUUGCCAAGAUAUACAAGAAGGUGACAAUGGGGAUAAAGCCACAAGCCCUGAACAAGGUGACUGAUCCUGAAGUGAGAGCAUUUAUUGAGAAGUGCAUAGCCCAGCCAAGGGCAAGACCUUCAGCCUCGGAUCUUCUCAAGGACCCUUUCUUCUCCGAGCUCAAGGAUGAGGAAACUGAGGCAACAGGUUGAUGCCAUUUCUUUACGUAAAUUCUAGUAGUACCUUGACUCUCCUCUGAACCUAAACUUCCGUUACCUUAGUUAUGUACAUAAAUAACUCGAUUGCAGCAAUGCUGAUGGUAGUAGUACUUUCUCUUCCCCCUAAGUCCACGAUUUAUGUGGGUAAUACUGGACUGUGUUGAAAAGGUUACUAGAUUAAUAUUCCAUUAUAGUUUCUUCAUUUUACUUUCAAGGUCUUUAAAAUUUUUCAUGGACGGCCAAUAAAAAAUGUGUUUGGCAAGUCUUAUCUACCUGGUUAUAUGUGUCUAUGUGACAAUGGGAGUCUCUGCUUUUUGAUGGCAUAAUAAUGGUUUGAAAUCCUGAGGGAAUUAAGCACGUGUAUCUAAAUCAAGAUGUAAUGCAAAUGACAGUAGAUAUCAUAUUUGUUCAUUUAUUUUCUA